AUGUGUGGCAUAUUAUUUCGAUUACAAAAAUCUGUCAUAAAUGAUUCAUUCCACGAUGAAUUGUGGAAUCAAUUGAUUAUUCGAAAUAAACAACGUGGACCGGACAUUCAAGGGAAAUUCUCUAAAUCAAUCCAAUUUACCACUUCAUUCGAAAUCAAUUUAAUAUUUUAUGGCGCAGUUUUGCAUUUACGAGGACCUACUGUUAAUAAACAACCUUUGAUAGAUAACGAUGAACAAGAUGUGUUAUUAUGGAACGGGGAAAUAUUUGAUGGUAUUGAGGUUCCACCUGGAGAAAAUGAUACAAAAUAUCUCUUUGCAGCUUUGAAAGAAAGUUACAAGGUUGAAAAUGAUAAGGAUCAAAAUAAUGAGAUACUUGAGAUUCUUCGGAAGAUCGAAGGACCAUACGCGAUUGUGUACUGGCAGAAUUCAAAACGUAAAUUAUGGUUUGGACGAGAUUGCUUGGGAAGACGUUCUUUAUUAUGGCAUUUACCUUCCGAAGGAGAUGACAAUUUCAUAUUAACAUCUGUAGGAUGUAAAGUUUCACAAGCCUCAGAAGCAUCUACUUCAUUACCUUAUUUUGCAGAAGUUCCAGCUAGCGGUAUAUUCUGUUUAGAUUUAAAUAAAAUGUUGUCACUGGCUUCAUUAGAAUCUCUGGAAAAUUUCUUGACACAUUACAAAUGGCAUGAAGUAAAUGAAUCAGUCAAUGAUUCGUCGUGUACUUUACCUUUUGGCAGAGUUAAUGACACUCUUCCAGGCUCUGAAGAUCUACCUCAAUUGCCGAAUCCAUUAGACGUAUCCAAUCAUUCUUUCAUUCCAGCCAUAUCACCUGAAAUCCAAGCAGCUAUAGAUAAACUAAUCGAAGAAUUGGGAGAUUCCGUAAAACGACGCGUUAUAGAUAUUCCACGUACAAGAUCAAUUUCGGAUGCUAGAGUGGCUAUCAUGUUUUCUGGAGGAUUAGAUUGUAUCUGCCUUGCUGUUUUAGCAGAUAAAUAUAUUCCAAAGGAAGAAGCAAUUGAUUUAUUGAAUGUAGGGUUUGAAAAUCCAAGGAUUCAGCAAGCAAAGAAAGAUAAAAAGAAAAAGAUUUCUCAAGAUGUUCCUAAGAAAUCUAUUUAUAAUGUUCCGGAUAGGUUGACGGGAAUACAAGGAGUUGAGGAAUUGAGGAAAAUAGCACCUGAUCGUAUAUGGAACUUUGUAGAAGUGAAUGUCCCAUAUGAAGAAGCUUGUGCUUUUAAGAUCGAAAUAACGGAAGUAAUGGCUCCAUCAGAUACAAUUAUGGAUUUGAGCAUAGCGAUGGCUUUUUGGUUUGCAGUUCGCGGAAAGGGUCAAAUUUCCAGUUCAGAAAAUCCGGAGGUAAUGAUUGAUUAUGAAAGCAAAGCUAGAGUUAUACUCGUAGGAGUUGGAGCAGAUGAGUUGUUGGGAGGAUAUUCAAGACACCGUGAGGCGUUUAGGCACGGUGGUUGGCAAAAACUAAUUGAAGAGAUACAACUGGAUGUUGAUAGAAUCUCAACCAGAAAUUUAGGCAGAGAUGAUAGGAUAAUUUCUUCACACUCUAAAGAAUCAAGGUUUCCUUAUCUCGCAUCAAAUGUUGUGUCUUUCUUAUGUUCAUUGCCUAUGCAUACUAAAAUGGAUAUGAGGUAUGAAAGAGGGAUUGGAGAAAAACUUUUGUUACGUCAUGUAGCGAGACAAUUAGGACUAUUUAAUGCAAGUUCUUUAUGGAAAAGAGCUAUACAAUUCGGAGCAAAGACUGCAAAGAUGACCGGUGAGAAUAACAAAGAGAAGGGAAAUAUGAAAGUUGGUAAGGAAUAA